CUAUGAGUUUAGUUACGAAUUACGAAGUUCGAUACAAGUCCAGCUUAGUAAAAAAUCUUGUGACACCUAAUAAACAUGAUGCUAUGAUUUUUUUACAAUUUAAGUGUUAGUUGUUUCGUAAAUAUUAAUCUGUAAAUAUGGAAAAUGCUAAAAUACAGAGUAAAGUUAAACUUUUAUUUGAAAAGAUUCUUCAACCUCACUAUGUUAUGAAUAAUUAUUAUGCUGACAAUUUAUUUAUCAAAAUAAACAAUACGGAUCCAGAGGUCACAUACUUCAAAUCUCUACCUUUCUUGUCACAGUUGCUUGUAGACAGUUUAGAUGGCUUUGAGACAUAUGACAAUACAGUAAAGGUCUUUCUUAUACGUCUACUGGCGGUCGUGUGCGACAAUGAGGUCAACUUCGCAAAGAUAUUUUGUAGGAAAGGCGACAUGCUGGCACAAGCGUUCAAUCAGAUCGACGGCCCCUCUAUGAACUCUAGUUUAAGGGUGGCUUACAUGGAUGUAGCGUUGUCUCUCCUCAACCAUAGCUCUGGAGUAAUUUGGCUGUAUGACAGCGAUGCCUGGAAGCAUAUCUUAGUUCUGUGCAAUGAUAAAAGAACAGUUUUCGUCGUUCGGAAGACUUACAAAUUCGCGUCCAAAUUAAUGUGGGAGCUAAACCAUUUGGGUGACAUGAACAAAAUCAUAACCGUACUCGAGUACAUAAUGAAACCGGUACUGGAUACAGAUUAUUUGGCAAUUAAUUUAAUGACUAGUGAGAUGGAGGAAGAAAUCAGCAAGACGCUGGAGCCGAUGCUGCAGAUGCUCUUAUCUAUCAUUACCAACGCUGAUGAAUUGAGAAAGGGGAAUAGCAUGUUGAUUGAAUAUAUAAUAAAAAAAUCGAAUUUAAUAACACACUGUUACGUUGUUUUGGACAAGAUACGAAGAGAAGACAUGACACUAUUAAUGACCAAAAUACUGUUCGCAGUGGGUGUGGCGAGACUUCUGCACUCGCAACCGAAGCUGGUUAAUGAUGUAUACGAAAAGGAAAACUUUAUAGAGCUAGGAGCUACGUACUUGAACAUUAUUCAGUUUCUUAUACACAGGCGGUCUCCGACGAUGGUGUUCGAUUUCUGCAACGCGUGUAGUGAGAUGUGGACGAGGGCGUGGGAGGGCAAGGCGCCCGCGAUGAUCGAAGCGGACGGCAAGAAGUUCGAACUGCACAAUCAAAUAGUAGCCAUGAUCCUUGUACCGUCGCUUGUGUACGCGAACCAUGGUAGGUCGAUGUCCUCGAGUUUUACCGAUGAGAGAGUGGACGAGUUCUUGGUGAAGCUUCUCAACUCCAUGUGCUAUCAUAACGCCAGAGCCGCCUACGCACUGAGAGACCUUACGGUACAGCUCGAUAUCCUGUCGAUAACAUUGCAAAGCGUCAAAAGAUUGAGUUGUUGGAAGAACCGUUUUACGAAUGAGCAGGCGAAUUUGGUUUUCCAAGCGUUGUUUUUCGUACUGAAACAGUACGAUCCCGUUGACGACAACGGAGAGAUGAAAAACGAGAUUACAUACGAGGACAGUAGGGAUAAAGUCCUUGUCAUGACGUAUGUACUAGAUAGUUUACUGUCUUUAGUGAAAACAUACAACAUCAACUGGCAUGAGAGUUUCGAAGUGCUGUGUUUGUACAAUGUUGUAUAUCAUAUCCUAAAAAGGCCAAAUUUAACAUGUAAGUUCGUAGUGACCGCAUUGAACGUGAUCGCGAUAACGAUAAAGAAGUUCCUGCCACCGAACUUGUCCUUGUUGAUGGACUCGAAGCCGGGUUCCGCGAUGCACGAGCUGGGCAAGCUCAUCUACAUGAAGUUGCACGACUUCCAUUGGGAGGUGAGGGACUCCGCCCUCGAGUUGCUGCUCGUCUGCACAGAAAUAUCAUUUAUAAAAUUCCCACCGAUCCAAAAUCAAAUUUUGUCGAACAACUUAAUGACGGUCACAGUGACGAUAGCGCUCAACGACCACGAGUUCUACGUGCGCGCCUCCGCCCUCAAGUGCAUUGGUGCUGCUACCAAGGUCGCUCCCAUCUGGGACGACCUCAAGACAAACUUCCCCAAUAUUCAGCACAUGAUCCUGACGAUAAUGGUGGACAACCCUGAAGGGAUCGUGAGGAAGGAAGCUUGUAACGUUUUCUGUGAAAUCUAUCACAAUUUAAGAGUAACUCCAGCCUUUAAGCAGGUGCUGUACGAAUGUAUGCUUUACACAGCGCUCAAUGAUUUUCAUUGGGAGGUGCAGCUGAGUGCUCUCAGGUUUUGGAAGAUUGUUAUACAGCAUCAGUUAAAUGCUCAAGGCAUGUUAGAUGGUACAUUCCCGCCAGUUACUUUCGCAAAGGAUUCACGUAAAAUUGUCACCUUGAACGAAAAGGAAAUACAAAAGAGGUUACUGAAAACACUUGAAGAACUCGCUUCAAUAGGUUGUCUGACUGUGCUUGUGAAACUUUUACAAGACGAAUCCGAAGUUGAUAUUAUGGAAGCAGCACUUUCAAUAUCUAUAGAGCUUUACUCUGUUUUAGAGAAAUACAAAGUACCCGAAACUCUACAAGCUGAUGAUUGUGAAAUGGUGAACGUUGAUGAAACUGAUCGUCCGAUUAAACUAAUCGAUUACAGCGCUGUGAAUUCAAUAGCAAAUAAUGCAUCGAAUGUAGACAACGUUAUAGAGGGAAUUGUGAAAGCAGAUGAUAUUAACUUACUUGCUAUGAUGUACGAACGUCAAAUGAAGUUGCAGAACGAAGAAAUGCCAGUCAACGAUCAACCUCCUAAACCUAAGCUUCUUAAAUUCGCAUCACCACAUUUAUUCGUAACAUUCUUGAAGAGCAAAGAUUUUAAAGCUGUCAUUGAACAAAAGAAGAAAUGGCGGGAAGGCAUUAAGAGUUUAUCUUCUCUAUUAGAUGAUGUUUUAGGUAUUUACGAGAUCAAUGAUGACGUCAACACUUUAGAUUGUUAUUAAAGUUUUGGCAGUUUUAUACAAUUGUUGUGUAAUUUUC